GGAGGGAUAGGGGCUACUUAUUCUUGACAAAAGCCCUGACUUGGACAGCAAAUGCUGAACAAUUCAUUUACAUGGACUAGCACAGUUGGGUUUUCUUGGUCCCUAACUGUAAAUAUUGAGCACACAAGGUAAAGUGUGAUCAUAGCAUGACUAUUGCCAUGUCACUGAUCUAAUCACUCUGCAAAGAUCACUAUCAAUGCUUCCUGUUUCAUUUGCCAUCAUCAGUUCAUCAGGAUGAAUGGAGGACAGCUGACCCUGGUCACAGCAGUUGUUAUCCUGCUUGUAUUUAUAUACACCUAUGGCCCAACUCAAGCGCAGCAGGUAGAUAAGAGAACAUUCAAGAAGACAUUUGUGGAAGCAGCAAAAAAGUGUUCACAAGAAGUUGGCCCCCCAUCAGCCAUGAGUGUUGCCUUUCUGACUUCUCCAGAACAAACUGAUCAGAAAAGUAAAUGUUUCACAUCAUGUCUACUUCACAAGUUCAAUCUGAUGGACCGACAAGGCAAAUUUAGCCAAUCUUCGAUGCAGAAAUUUUUAAACAGUAUCCCAGAAUCCAGGUUUAAGGAAUCCAUAUCAAGAAAUUCAGCUACAUGUAUGAAGGAGAAUGCCAAGGAUGUUUGUGAGAAAGGAUACAGAUUCGUCCAGUGCUUUUACAAAAAAGGUUAACCCUUUGUUCGUUCCUGCAAAUACACUAAAAAUACAAAAGUA